UCUCCGCUGCAGUUGAGCUCCAGCCGCUCGGAGAGGAUUAUUGAUCUGAAGGGUAAACGUGGAGGGAGCCACAGAGAGGGGUCCAAGCGUUUCUGAGAAGAGAGGCAGCCUCUUCCAGGAAGAAAGUGGUGUCUGCUGGCUGCCCAGCUUGGAGAACCUUCUAUGAAUAAACGGGGACAAAAUGCAAGGCAGUUUGUUGCUACAGUGAUUUAGAAGGAAAACAAGAGGGAGAGAAAGAGAAAGGUCUCACCUUCCGUGCGAGCCGGGGUUGUUGCAUCCUGCUGCUGCCGUCUCUGCUGCUGCUCCUGCAGCUGCCGUGUCUGCCACCAGCUUUGGCUCUAUUUGGGAAUAUAGUCCAUUUGGAACUCAGUAGCACUUUGGAGUUAUAAAGAAUGCCAGACUUUUUAAAGACAGUGAGGGGAUCACCAUAAACAGGAAAAAGAAACACAGCAUGCAGCUACUUGGAGGGUGUUGAUUGAAAACUUCGAUCUCCCCACCCCAUUCACGGUUGAUUUGACUGAUUUCUCACCUCGUUCACAGAGAAUAUUUCAAUUAAGGUCCCUUUAGAUGGAAUAUAAUACAGCCAAAGGCUUUUCAUCAAAAGGAUUAAUGCCUGCAUUAUCAUUUCUGCAAUAAAACAGAAAGCUAAGUGGUGGAGGCCACAGACACCUCAAACCUGGAUUCCACAAUUCUGCAUUAAGUGCUGGAGUUUUAUUACUCUGCUGUAGGAAAGCCUUUGCCAAUGCUUACAAGGAACUGUUUAUCCCUGCUUCUCUGGGUCCUGUUUGAUGGAGGUCUCCUAACACCACUUCAACCACAGCCACCACAGACUUUAGCCACGGAACCAAGAGAAAAUGUUAUCCACCUGCCAGGGCGGCGACCACAUUUCCAACGAGUUAAACGUGGCUGGGUAUGGAAUCAGUUUUUUGUGCUGGAGGAAUACAUGGGCUCCGAGCCUCAGUAUGUGGGAAAGCUCCAUUCCGACCUAGAUAAAGGAGAGGGUACUGUUAAAUACACCCUCUCAGGAGAUGGCGCUGGCACCGUUUUUACCAUUGAUGAAACCACUGGGGACAUUCAUGCAAUAAGGAGCCUAGACAGAGAAGAAAAACCUUUCUACACACUUCGAGCUCAGGCUGUGGACAUAGAAACCAGGAAGCCCCUGGAGCCUGAAUCAGAAUUCAUCAUCAAAGUCCAAGAUAUUAAUGAUAAUGAGCCAAAGUUUUUGGAUGGACCUUAUGUUGCGAGUGUCCCAGAAAUGUCUCCUGUGGGUGCCUAUGUGCUCCAGGUCAAGGCCACGGAUGCAGACGACCCGACCUAUGGAAGCAGUGCCAGAGUCGUUUACAGCAUUCUUCAGGGACAACCUUAUUUCUCUAUUGAUCCCAAAACAGGUAUUAUUAGAACAGCUUUGCCAAACAUGGACAGGGAAGUCAAAGAACAAUACCAAGUCCUCAUCCAAGCCAAGGAUAUGGGCGGACAACUAGGAGGGCUAGCUGGAACAACAGUAGUCAACAUCACCCUCACUGAUGUCAAUGACAAUCCACCUCGGUUCCCCAAAAGCAUCUUCCAUCUGAAAGUUCCUGAGUCUUCUCCUAUUGGCUCAGCUAUUGGAAGAAUAAGAGCUGUGGAUCCUGAUUUUGGACAGAAUGCAGAAAUUGAGUACAAUAUUGUUCCAGGAGAUGGGGGAAAUCUGUUUGACAUCAGCACAGAUGAAGAUACACAAGAAGGAGUCAUCAAAUUGAAAAAGCCAUUAGAUUUUGAAACAAAGAAGGCCUACACUUUUAAAGUCGAAGCCUCCAACCUUCACCUUGACCACCGGUUUCAGUCUGCGGGCCCUUUUAAAGACACGGCCACCGUGAAGAUCAGCGUGCUGGACGUGGACGAGCCGCCGGUUUUCAGCAAGCCGCUCUACACCAUGGAGGUUUACGAAGACACUCCGGUUGGGACCAUCAUUGGCGCCGUCACUGCGCAAGACCUCGAUGUGGGCAGUAGUGCUGUUAGGUACUUCAUAGAUUGGAAGAGUGAUGGGGACAGCUACUUUACAAUAGAUGGAACUGAAGGAACCAUCGCCACUAAUGAAUUACUAGACAGAGAAAGCACUGCGCAGUAUAAUUUCUCCAUAAUUGCGAGUAAAGUUAGUAAUCCAUUAUUAACUAGCAAAGUCAACAUAUUGAUUAAUGUGCUAGACGUCAAUGAAUUUCCUCCAGAAAUAUCUGUGCCAUAUGAGACAGCUGUGUGUGAAAAUGCCAAACCAGGACAGAUAAUUCAGAUAGUCAGCGCCGCAGACCGAGAUCUUUCACCCACUGGGCAGCAAUUCUCCUUUAGAUUAUCGCCCGAAGCUGCCAUCAAACCAAAUUUUACAGUCCGUGACUUCAGAAACAACACAGCUGGAAUUGAAACCCGAAGAAAUGGAUACAGCCGCAGGCAGCAAGAACUGUAUUUCCUCCCUGUUGUAAUAGAAGACAGCAGUUAUCCUGUCCAGAGCAGCACAAACACAAUGACUAUUCGAGUUUGUCGAUGUGACUCUGAUGGUACCAUCCUGUCUUGUAAUGUAGAAGCAAUUUUUCUACCUGUAGGACUCAGCACUGGAGCUUUGAUUGCAAUCCUACUGUGCGUCGUUAUACUCUUAGCCAUAGUUGUGCUGUAUGUAGCUCUGCGAAGGCAAAAGAAGAAAGAUACCCUGAUGACCUCUAAAGAGGACAUCAGAGACAACGUUAUCCACUAUGAUGACGAAGGAGGGGGUGAGGAGGACACCCAGGCUUUCGACAUCGGUGCUCUGAGAAAUCCAAAAGUGAUUGAAGAUAACAAAAUUCGCAGGGAUAUAAAACCAGACUCUCUCUGUUUACCUCGUCAGAGACAACCCGUGGAAGAUCACACAGACAUAAGAGAUUUCAUUAAUCAAAGGCUACAGGAAAAUGAUGUGGACCCAACAGCCCCACCAUACGAUUCAUUGGCAACAUACGCCUAUGAAGGCAAUGGAUCCGUAGCAGAGUCUCUUAGCUCCAUAGACUCUGUCACCACGGAAGCUGACCAGGACUAUGACUAUCUGACGGACUGGGGACCCCGCUUUAAAGUCUUGGCAGACAUGUUUGGUGAAGAAGAGAGUUAUAACUCUGAUAAAGGCACUUAGGGGAGAAGCGAAGGCUAAAACACAACCAAGAAGAGACAUUUAAAAGAAACACAAAUGGAAAUCACAUAUACACACACAUACACACGUGCACCGCCCUCCCCGCACCCCCCCCCCCCAGGCUUUAUGAACAAGAUUCCUUUGAUUAUCUGGUUUCUAGCAAGUUGCUAUAUUUAUCAUAUUGUCAGUUUGGUUUUUUCUGCCAACACAAGAUAAAUCCUAUAAUACGUACUUGCUUGGUUUUGUUUUGUUAUUUUGGAAAUACACUGAGACCUGCUCAGGCCGACUAAGUACAAUUUACUGACAUGACAACGUAGAACGAAGAUAGCUAUGUGGCAUCACGGUGGAAGAGUGUUAGAUUUUUCUUAAUUCCACUAAAGUGCCUAUUGAAACUCUUAUCAUUUAAAAAUGGUGUACAGUACACUCUGCUGUGAUGGCAUGGCAGGAUUCAGAGACACAGAGGACAUAAACAAAGACACUGGCUUUAUGUCAAGGAGCAAUAGCAACAUGCUGACUUCUAAUUCCUUUUGAGGAAAAAAGAAGAAUACUUUCUGAACUCCAUCUUCUUAUAAUUCAAAGAUUUUUUUUUUCUUUUUUAAACUGUAUGCCAAAAAAUAUUUGUUUUUCCUACCCUUUGAGAAAAUUGAAAUAAAUGAGAUAUCAAAUUCAAUAUGUAAGUUCCGAAUUUUAAAAGCAAUGUUUGAUCUUCACAUUAGUUCAUAUUAAAGAUAUUCAUUAAAAUGUUACUUUUUUUCCAAAAAAAUAAAAUUUUGAAAAAGGAAAUUUUUAAAAAUUCCUCUUUAUAAAGAGAGGCCUCUGGGCUGAAACUCCACAUUAAAAUAAAUACUGGUUUUGUUUUAAUUAUGUGCUGGUGUGUGGAAGGUUGGUUUUAACAAGUUACCAGAUCAUUGAAGUCUUCAGUCAUAGAUAAAAUUUUAAGUUGUGUUUCUAUGAAACUUUUUUAGGGAAAAAAGUGCCAUUGAUUUAUACAUGGGAGGAGAAAUUCAUUAUAUAGCUUCUCAGAGUUUCUUACCAUCCAGUGAUUCUUUGAUGAGCAAGGAAAAUAAAAAAUAUAUCAAAUAAUGCAGGAUGGAUUUAAGGCAUGUCUAAAAAAUAUUUAUUAUACAUUACUGAACAAAUAAAAAAUCAUAGACUGCAGGAAAUUCAAACCAAUGACUGACUCCUAAAAAGAACACAAAUGCAAAGUCAGGCAGAUUAUUUAUUUAUUUUAUUAACAUAGACAAACUUUGUGAACAUUAUUAUACGAGAGCUCAGAGUUGCUCCUUUAUGCUGACAUCUACAAUAGCUCUAAUAUAAAUGAUCCCAUAAAUCUUCUCUGUAAAGAUCUUUCACCUUUUAAUUUGAUGCAGAUUUCUAAGAUGUGUUAGAUUUUGUAAGCAUACAGGUAAACUACACUCAUAUAGAUUAAUUUCAAGUGAAUUGUACACUAUCUAGAACUUAAAAUAGAUAACUUACUACAAAGUAAUAUAUUUUCUUAAUAUUAUAACUAUACAAGUGAUUACUGAAAUAUUGAAACUACAUAUAGGAAAAAAUAGAAGUUGCUUCUGGAUCCAUCCUGAAGAUGUGAUCAGUAUCUAGUUGUAUUUAUGAAAUAUUUAUGAACUUAUUUAUAAUUGCAAGAUUGGAGGUAAAAAAUCACACAUGGGAAAAUGGGUAGAAAUAUGGAUAAUAUAGGCAAAUUAUAUUCAAGCCUAUUCAUUAUUAAAUGCCUACUUCAGAGAUAUAUAGCUAAUAAUUAUGCUGUGGCAAUUUGGCCAUUUGAAUCUGCAGUUCCCAUUCCUCUUUUGGUGUCUCGUAGUUGCAUACUCUCCUUGUUGUCCAUAUUGGGCAGAAGUGUUGAACUCCUUUUCCUCUUUUUGCCACUUCAGCUUUACCUUUGUCUUAUCCCUAGGAAUUGUAUUAGAAUAUUCAUGUAGUGUAAUAAUUUAGAGUAUAAUAUGCUUUGGGGAAUAUUUAUGUAUUUAUUUUUAAAAGUUGGCGAUGUCAUAACCAUACUGGAGAAAAAAUUAAGGAAACUUCUGAGUUUGCCCUAGCAAUGAGAUUUGCUAUGCAAUGAUGCACGACCUUUUGAAGAAGGCUAAUGUGCGAGAUCACUUCCGGCUGACAAAAUGAUUCUCAUCAGACAUUAUUGCAUUUUGCAUCUUGCUAGAGAAUCUGACUGCCUAUGCAUGCAAUCCUAUAUCAGAAGCAAUGAGGACGUGAAGGAAACUCAGGAGGGGCAGUCAUUUCAAACCACAUGACUGAGAUGCUAAGCAAAAAUAUGAAAUUGGUGGGUCUUACUUUCUCCAAACUAAUAAGCCUUUUUUUAGUACCUCCAUCUUUUACUUUUGCUACCCCACUACAUUAGUCUGCUCUGGCUGCCAUAAAAAGUACCACAGACUGUGUGGCUUCCACAAUAGAACUUUAUCUCCUCACAGUUCUGGAAGCCAGAUGUCCAAGAUCAAGGUGUCGGCAGAGUUGAUUUCUUCUAAGGGCUGCUCUCCUUGGCUUGGAGGUGGCCAUCUUCUUUCUCUGUCUUCACAUGGUCUUCCCUCUAUGCUAAUUCCUCUUCUUUUAAGGACACCAGUCACACUGAGCCCACUCACACGACCUCUUUUUACCUCAAUGACCUCUUUAAAGGUUCUGUCUUGAAUACAGUCAUAUUCUGAGGUACUGGAGGCUGGGACUUCAAAAUAUGAAUUUUAGGGGGACACAAUGCAGUUCAUAACAACCACACAGAUGUUAACAAAUUUUUCAAAAAAGUGUUUGAUUUAUAACAAACAAGCAAACAUGUAAGAAAUGAAAUAAAAUCUUGGAUAGAAAUCACUUCAGGUAUAAUGGGAAACCAGAGGAAUGAUACGGUGAAAAGAUGUCAUUUGGGGCUCAUAAGGUGGAAGCAUUAUGGGAUAACUUUAACACUACUGAAAGCACUAGGUGUAAUAUUUCAAUACUUAUCUUAGAAUUCUUCAUUUUUUAUCAUAAUACAGUCACUGGACUUCAUUCAGGCACUAAGCAAUAUAAAAAAAUGCUUAGAAUUUACGUGCGGCAUUUGGACUAUUAAUAAUAACCGUACAUAACUUUUUAAUUACAUUGAAUGAUAACGUGUAUGUUUCUUACAUAGUUUUAAAAAUGUAAACUUUGUGCUGAAAGAAGUGUUAGAAAACAUAAGAGUGAAAGAGUGAUAUGCCAAAAAUACUGUAAAAUUGCUUUGGCCAAAUUCUAUCACUGACUGGACACAGCCUCCCAGUGUUCUAGUCUCUUUGGUAAAAUUAAUUUCUUGCUCUUAUUUCUAAGUUUCCUCUCAAAUUUCUUGACUCUUAAGUUCUAGUUACAAUUACAUGAAGUCCAUUUAAUCAUUUACACAUUGAUUACAUAAAGUUAUGCUAAUUAUGGAGAUAUUUAAAAGAGUUUAAGAAACAAAAAUCUUUGAACUAUGGGUUUGAUUGAUUAUACAUUGAUUCACCAUAUACCACAUUAGGAGAGUGGGAAAAUAUUUAUUAAGAGAUAACUGUAAAAACAAGUUGGAAUGGUAGAGCUGUGCAUAGCAAGAAAGAGAGAAGCAUUAAAAUAACUAGAGCCCAGAUCUUGAACCAAAGAGGAUAAAAAAAGUCAAAGGAAGGAAAGAUUAGAAGGGAUGUGUUAUUCUUUGUCUUUAAGAGGAGGACAUUUUUAGAAAUCUUCAUAAAAGUUUCAGCAACUAUUGUAUUAAAAUGGGAAUUUUGAAAAGCAGAUGUAAGUAUGCAGGCAUUGUAUUUGAAGUGGGCUGCAAACUAUGACUAUAUCUGAAAGGAGUUAACCAAAUGUCAGUAAACAACAUCGCUUCCCAAGAAAAAUGAAGUUGAAGGCAGAUAAUUUUAAAAUCUCUCCAUGUUUGAAAAUUUCUUUUGCCUCCUCGCCUGAUUUAUAGUUUAGCUAAGUAUACAAUCUUCAUUUGGAAUUAUUUUUUCCUUAAUAUUCUGAAGGUCUUUUCUAUCAUAUUCUAGCAUCUACCCCAGCUGAUGAUAUAGAAAGAUGAAUGUGUCACUCCUUCCUUUUGUGUGAUAUGAUUUCUUUCAUGAUGCUAUUCAUAUUUUUUCUUAUCUUUUACAUUAUAAAAUUUCACAUUAAUGCAUCAAGAUGAAUUUUUUGUCAUCCUCAUGACUAGGCGCUCAAGGGCCCGUUUCACUAUGGAGCCUGGGAUCCUUCAUUUCUGGGAGAUUUCCCUGUAUUUAUUCUCUGAUGUGUUCCUAUCCAGUGUCUUUUAACUAUCACUUUCUAUCUUAUAUUUUAUCCUGUUUUCAUGAUUACCUUUUCACCUUUGUCUUCCAGUUCUAUUAAUUUACUUUCUAGAGAUUUUUUUUCUAAUUUCAAGCUUUUUUUUUGCCAUUCCCCUCUCUCCUGUUAUUCUGCCUUUGCUUUUAGAUGAUUUGUUCCUUCACUUCCUGGUGGUGUUAAUAGUAGCUCUUUUGAGAAUUUUUCUAAUAAUGUUUUUUCUCUGAAUUUUGUGUUUCAAACAAGGUAGAAGGAAAGAGAUAUAUGGGCAUCCAUUUUAAUUUAUUCUCUUUCAACUCACGUCUCAUUCCAGUUCUCUGCCAUUUUUAGUAUGUCCAAGUCCUGACACAUUCCAGGAUUGUGUCGAGAAGACAAGUCCUCUACUGUGCCCAACCCUGGUUCUCUAGUCUGCACGUUUAUGCAGUUUCAUUCAUCACCAUUCCAUCAGCCUUCCAACAAUUUACCCAAAAUACUGGUCUGCCAAUGGACACUAUGUCAUUUUGUUUAUUGUUAUGGGGGUACACACACGCAAAUAAAUAUGUUUGCACACAUGUAUUACAUAGAAAUGAAUGCUAUUUCUCUCUAAAGAAAUAAUAUAUACGUGUUAUUUGUAAAUACAUAUUCCCUUAUCAUUAAGUUAUAUAAUUACUGUAACUUUGUCUUAGCAUGAAAGGGACAUACAUAUGUAAAUGCAAUCAAUCAUAAUGGCCUGAAGUCUGGAGAAGAAAACUUAUAAUUUUUUCUUUUAUACCCAUUGUUAUAAAACAGAUGAAUCUAGUGGGAAUGUGUACACACACACAUAUACACAGAAAUAUAUAUAUGUAAUACAUGGUUGACAAUUCCAAUUUGCAAUAAGUUUUGGACCACUACUUAUUUCCUUUAUUCAAGUCCCGUAUAUUUCUUAGUGUAAUGGAUUUUCAGAGCAAUCAGUUAGACUCACUGAAUUUCUCAAAAGGUCUUAAACUUUGUUAGGAGUUCAAUUGUAUGUUGUUUUUAUUGCCCCACUUUAAGAUUAAAAAAAUCGAAGGUAAGAGUCUCCAAAUAACUUGUGUAAAACCAAGAAAUAAUAAACUGAUGGGGGGUGAAGGCUUUCAGUUGUGAAGAGUUUAAGUACAUCUAAUCUCAGCUUCCAUUCCGAGGUUCUUUCCACUGUUUUGCCAGUGUCCAUGUGUUUUAUACAUAUACAUACAUAGUCCACUCCAUGACAAGUGUAAUUAACAAAAAAUCUUGGGAAUUCUGGGUCAUACUACAACACAUUAUUGUACUUCCUUAAAAGAAGAAAGAACCUGAACAUCCUUGACUCUGAUGUCAAUAUCUAACUCAAGAACCAGGAAUUCAAGACACAGUAGUAUCCUACCAUACAGUAAAAACUCUAUUAUACGAUUAAAAAUAUUGAUCUCUAUAUUACGAAGGAUCAAUGUAUUUGAAGCUAACCAGUUUGCACCUCUUUUUAAACAUCUACAUUAAUAUCUGUACACUAUUUUGACUUUAACUUUCCUGAACUUUUCCAUCCAAUUAUGGCUAUUUUCUCUUCUUUUCAGCUUCCCAUGGGUGAGGCUAUACCUUAGCCCUUAUUACGGCUUAAAUUUCCGAUUUCUAAAUUGAAUUUACUUAUGCUUGUCCUAGGCCAUCAUUCACUGAGUUUGGUAUUUUCUAUGACUGAAAAUUCCAAUAUAUUGUGACUGAAAAUUGUCUCAGACAACCAGUACUUCUCGUUUCUCCUCUUCUGCUGUCAACAUUUUUUAAGAAGCGAUAACGUUAAUAAAAAGAGCUAUCGAUUAUUGAACAUAUACUAUUCCAAAAAUAUGCUACAAAAAUUUAAUGCUCACAAUCACUUGAUGAGCUACUAUGUUAUUAUUAUUUUUGUUUUACACCCACAUAAACUAGGCUUGGACAUGUAAAGUAACUUGUCUAUUUAGACACAUUUAACAAAAGGCGGAGCCAGGACCUUAACAUGAUUAUGGUAUACACUCUCCAGCCCUUUAUCCAUGAUGUAUUGUAUACUUCAUUCCACCACCUCACUCACUGAUAACCGAUCAUUAACAACCUAAAAUCUGGUUUCUCUUCCUACUAUGCUGUUUUGAACAAACUAGCAACUUCGUAAUUGAAAAAGCUCAAUGAUCCUUCCUUUCACCUUUCUGCAAUAUCUGUAAAGUUAAGCAGACUUUCAUAUCUCAUCUUCAAAUUUUAUUUCCGUCUCUUAAUUCACUCAUUGUUUCUUUUCUCUCUUUUUUUCGGUGAGGAAGA